AAAUAAUUGCAUUCACAUCGAAGAAACAGUUGUUCUCGUUGAUUUGAUUUCAAAUCAAAUAAAACUGCCCCCUCUGCCUCUGCCUCUGCCUCUAUCUUUUUCCUUUCAUAAUAUCCAACUCAUAUCAUAUCCCAAACAAGUGAAAUUCAGAAAUCCUCUCUCUCAAUCGAGGGUUCCUACAUCCCACAACGCGCUUCUUCUCUAUAAAGGUUUUACUUGUAAUACAGGACUAGUUUUGUUGAAUGAGAUUAUUUUUGCAAAUAAAGCAAUGAGCCACCAUCCAUCUUCAGGUAAAAGGAGAUUGAAAGAUCUUUUGGCUCAACCCGAUAACCGUACAUGUGCAGAUUGUGGCACUCCAGACCCAAAAUGGGCGUCAGCAAAUAUUGGAGUAUUUAUAUGCUUAAAGUGCUGCGGUAUCCACAGAAGCCUCGGUACACAUAUCUCGAAGGUUUUGUCUGUGACAUUAGAUGAAUGGUCUGAAGAAGAAGUUGAUUCAAUGAUUGAGGUUGGUGGAAAUGGAUCCGCAAAUUCCAUUUAUGAGGCUUAUAUUCCUCAAGGGGUGUCAAAGCCUGGACCUGAUGCUUCGCAUGAAGUACGUGCAAAAUUUAUCAGGGCUAAGUACGAGAGUCAGGAGUUUUUGAAACCUAGCCUGCGUAUUCUUUCCUCUUCUUCAAAACAGCCUUCUUUGCAAGCAAGUUUAUCCAAGAAGAUUAUGGAUAGUUUUGGACAUUCAGGAUCAUCGGAAAAUUCAGAAGGCAUGGUGGAGUUUAUUGGGAUGUUGAAGGCUAAAGUACUGAGGGGCGCAAAUUUAGCCGUUCGAGAUAUGCUGUCAAGCGAUCCAUAUGUUGUUUUGACACUUGGGCAUCAGAAAGCCCAAACAUCUGUGGUUAAGAGCAAUUUGAAUCCCGUCUGGAAUGAGGAACUUAUGCUCUCUGUCCCACAAAAUUACGGCGUAAUAAAGCUGCAAGUUUUUGAUCACGACACGUUUUCUGCUGAUGAUAUAAUGGGGGAAGCGGAGAUAGAUAUUCAGUCGAUGAUAACUUCUGCAACAGCAUUCGGAGACCCUGAAAUGUUUGGAAAUAUGCAGAUUGGGAAAUGGCUGAAAUCAGGCGACAACGCUCUAUUGGAAGAUAGCACCGUUAACAUUGUUGAUGGGAAGGUGAAGCAGUUCGUGUCGCUGAAGCUCCAGAAUGUAGAGUCUGGAGAAAUGUACCUUGAACUAGAGUGGAUUCCUCUGGAUCAUUAAUACAGAAUUUUCACCAUUCCCCUCCCAUUCUCAUCCAAACGUAAAUUUCAUGGUCCGUGAAAUUAUCUGUCUGUGAAACUUAAAACUUUUUAUCAAAAAAUGUGGAAAGAAGUGUACAUUUGCAAGAAGGGUAGCUCAACUUGAGAAACCAAAUUGUGAAAAUAUAUUGAUGAUUCAAUGAACAUUUUUAUGUUAUUGGCAUGUUGCAGCUUUACUGUUGCUAUA